AUUCACCAACAUCCUCCUCAUCUAAUCCAAAACAAAAAAAAUCCAAUGCCUCUCACUCUUCCGCCAUCUUCAAGCUUCUCUUUCCUCUCUCCCACCGCCAAAUCCACCCACAGCCACCGUUUUUUCACUAUUCCCCAUGCAUCCACCACCCAACUCGCCCCCAAGCCUCCGCCGGUCAUCAAGACAGCUCCCGUCAUCGUCAUCGGAGCCGGCCUCGCUGGCCUCGCCGCUGCUACCCGUCUCAACUCCGAUAACAUCCCUUUCCUCCUCUUAGAAGCUUCCGAUGGUGUUGGUGGUCGCGUCCGUACCGAUGUCGUCGAUGGUUUUCUCUUGGACCGUGGCUUCCAAAUCUUCAUCACUGCUUACCCGGAAGCUCAAAAGCUGUUAAAUUACAAUGAAUUGAAUCUCCGGAAGUUUUACUCCGGUGCCAGGAUUUACUAUGAUGGUAAAUUCCAUACUGUUGCUGAUCCUUUGCGUCAUUUCUCGGAUUCCCUUCUGUCCCUUGGAAAUCCCAUUGGGUCUGUUCUUGAUAAGCUGCUUAUCGCUUUGACGAGGGUUCGGGUUUUGAGUAAUUCCUACGAGGAAAUUAUGAGCGCCGACGAGGUUUCGACAAUUCAAUUGUUGAAGAAUAUUGGUUUUUCGGAUUCGAUGAUCGGAAGGUUUUUUAGACCCUUUUUUGGUGGGAUUUUUUUCGACCCACAGCUUGAAACUACUUCGAGACUCUUCGAUUUCGUCUUCAAAUGUCUCGCUCUCGGCGACAACACUCUUCCGGCGAAAGGAAUCGGCGAAAUUCCAAACCAAUUGGCAGCAAAACUGCCGUCCGAUUCACUCCUGUUGAACACCAAAGUGGUUUCCGUUGAUUCCGAUGACUCGAAUUCACCGUCGGUAACAUUAGAGAGCGGCGAAAUCCUCAAGAGCGAACUCGGGGUAAUAAUGGCGGUUGAACAACCGGCAGUGGACAAGAUUUUGGCGGGAAAGAAACAACCGCCGCCGCCGCCGGGUCAGAGAAAAAAACCAGCCCGAAGUACGGUUUGUUUGUAUUUUUCAAUGGACCAGGAUCAAGUUCCGGUUCAAGACCCGGUCCUGUUUCUCAACGGUUCAGGUAAAGGAAUAAUCAACAACAUGUUCUUCGCUACAAAUGUAGCUCCAUCAUAUGGCCCUUCGAACAAAGCAUUGGCGUCGGUAUCGUUGAUUGGGUUGUACGAGAACACCGCCGAUGAUGAUCUAAGAGCUGAGGUUAUUAAGGAGCUUUCGGGUUGGUUCGGAGCUUCAAAAGUCGAGUCAUGGCGGCACUUAAGAACAUAUAGAAUCGGUUUUGCACAACCGAACCAAUCACCACCUACGGAUUUGAUGAAGAAUCCCAACAUCGGACCGGGUUUGUAUUUGUGUGGUGAUUAUAUGACUUCGGCUACCUUUGAUGGAGCUCUGGUUUCAGGUAGAAGAGCGGUGGAAGCUUUGUUAAAAGACCGGGCAUUGGCUCUGGUUUAAGAAAACCAUUGUAGAUAUCGAAUUCUUUUUCAUGAACAUUAGCGAGAACUACUUCAUUAUAUGAAAUUGAAUAUAAUUUAUUACCAA